ACAACGGCAGUCCUCUCUCCACCAUCAUGUCUUUCAACUGCUCCACGAGACAUUGCUCUUCCAGGCCAGUUGGAGGACGUUACACUGUCCAAGCAGGCCCAGUGACCACGGCUUCAGCCAGCGAUGCGGACUGCCUGAGUGGCAUCUAUUUGCCCAGUUCCUUCCAGACUGGUUCCUGGCUCCUGGACCACUGUCAGGAGUCACGCUGUGAGCCCACUGCCUGCCAGCCAACAUGCUACCAGAGAACUUCUUGCAUCUCCAAUCCUGUCCAGGUAACUUGCAAUCGACAGAUUACCUGUGUCUCCAAUCCCUGCUCAACUCCCUGUAGCCGGCCACUCACUUUUGUGUCCAGUGGCUGCCAGUCCCUGGGAGGCUUUUCCAGCUCUUGCCAACCAGUGGGAGGCAUCUCUACUGCCUGCCAACCAGUGGGAGGCAUCUCUACCGCCUGCCAACCAGUGGGAGGCAUCUCUACCGCCUGCCAACCAACCUGUGGAGUCACCAGGACAUACCAGCAGUCCUGUGUGUCCAGCUGCCGAAGAACUUGCUAAGUGCAUGGGAGCCAGUGAGCCAGCCGAGUCCCCAACCUCUGCCAGCUGUGUUUUCCAGGAUCUUCCAGUAUGCUGCCUGAACACGUCACCGCUGACCGUCAUUGACUGCCUAGUUGCUGGCUACUAGCUACGCACAGGCUGCCUUUGACACUCUAAAAUCUUUCUCACCAGUACUAAGAUAACAUUAAGGUUUGAUUUCUGGUGCUGUGUAUGCUUCUUGAUGCUUCUGGAGGCUUCGCCACCCUCAGUCCAGUCUGAGACCUCAUGAUGCCUCCA